AUGACUCUUGAAUACGUAUCCGAAGUUGACAGAAAAUUUUUUGAUAACAAUCUCCUCACAAAAGAAGAUUGGGGUGAACCUAUGACAGAUGGAUUUGGUGAUAUAUCAGAAUUUCUAGAUUUAAAUGAAGAAUUAAAAUCCUUCACAGAUGAUCUACCUGAUGAUUUAAUGACAUUUAAUUCACCACCUCUAGUUGAUACAAUAUUAGAUGAUUAUUGGCAGGAGUUUAAUCCUAAAAGUUCUAAUGAAGAUUUAUAUAAUAUUCAAGUGAAAGAUGAACCCCUCUCACCAUUAUCAUCAAAUUGUUCAGAAACUGGUUCAGAAGGCUAUGGUUCGGCAUCAGAUAACAGUUCCUGUGUUCAACCUGUUAUCACAUCUCCAGACAUCAAAAUUGAGGAUAAUGUCUCGAUUACACCAUUCAUUGUUCCUUCAAAUACACUCCCUAUCUCAUCUACAUCUUCACCAUCUGUUAUAUCAACAUCAUCAACCAGUAGAGUGUUCACAAUCAUUCCUAAACAAGAAGAUAGCAAACAAAGCAUUAUAUUAAAUAAUGUUAAUGGUAACUCAGUUGGUAUGUUAACACCUGUCAAUGGUACCAUUAAAUUAAACAACAUUAUGCAAUCGAAAAUAAAAAUUCAACCCAAACCAUGUGAGUCCACAACUUCAACAGCAAAAAGAUCUCCGCCUGUAUCAAAUACAAAAAAACCAUUAGUGCUAACACCACAAGAAUUUACCAAAUUAACCUCAACUGGUGCAUUAUGUUUUCAACCACCACAGUCAAACAGUCCUGUUGCUAUGGAAACAGGAGAAAAUACCAUUCCAUCCUUUCACACUUCUAUGAUUGAUGUCACUGAUGUAAAGAAUGUCAAACGUCAACAAAGAAUGAUUAAAAAUAGAGAAUCUGCCAGUUUAUCAAGGAAAAGAAAGAAAGAGUAUUUAUCUACAUUGGAAGAUAAAAUAAAUAGCUGUACAUCAGAAAACCAGAAAUUAAGACAAGAAAAUGAUAAUCUCAGAAAGAAAGUGUGUGUUCUUCAGACAGAGAAUGAGAGGUUACGUUUGCAAAGUAGUUAUGUGAAUAUUAAGAAGACAACAACAUGUCUGUUAGCUAUUAUGAUUAUGUUAGGUUUUAAUAUUGCUCCUUGGAGUUUAUUAGAUGGUAGUAAAUCUGUCUCUAAUGAUGUCAUACCAAUACAUAAAGGGAGACAAUUGAUGGCUGUGAGUGAUACUGAUAUGAAAUAUGAGUCAUCAAAACCGUGGUCUGAACCAGCUGAUUUCUUGAUGAGAGAAUUACAUAGAUUAACAGAGGAGAUGACAGAGAGCUCUAGUAAUGUAACACAACAGAUGUGUCCAACAUAUUUUAAUAAAACAGAAUCCAUGUUGUUGGCUGAACAGUUAGCAGGAUGGAUGAUCAGACAUGAAGAAGAAAAACAAAAAACACAACAGAAGAAAAGGACUGGUAAAAAGAAAGUAAAAAGUUUAAGGGCAUCCUUGAGAGGAGAUGUAGAUGCAUACAAAAUGGAAAAAAGAUUAGAAGAGAGAGCAUAUCAAGUACAGAUAUUUAAUGGAGCUGAUGAAAAUAAAGAUUUUCUGCAUGCUAUACAUCGUAGAAAUGAUACAUUCUAUGUUUUAUCAUUUGAUCAGGACUAUUUUCUGGUGCCUGCUACAGCCCAUAAUAAAACAAUGAGACCUAGAAUGUCAUUAGUUAUGCCUGCCAUGACACUCAAUGAAACAAUGAAGCCCCCAGCAGGUAGUAUUGGUAUGAUGCAGAUUGAUUGUGAGGUAGUUAGUACACAGCUAAUACAUGUACAUAAUUCAGUUAUACCACCACAUCUUAAAAAAAAUACUACUUUCAAUAACCAACAUAGAUACAAACACUCUUCUAGACCUUGAUUUUUAUAAAAAUUAUUUGGAUCUUAACGUUAGGGAUGGAGAAAUGAAAUUUUGCUCUCU